UACCUCUUACUUUUACUUUUUACGACUUACGGUUUUAGCGACCACUAUCAUUCGAUCUUCCUGUGAGACAGUGGCAAUGCUUUUAUUAUAAUUAGUUGGUCGAUGAAAUAGACUAAAUAAAGCGGAAUCUGUAAAAAAGAAAAAAAAACGGAUGCCGAACAAAAAUGAAGUUGAUCGCGAUCUAUUAGUGCCAAGUGAAUUAAAUCGUUUACAUCGGUGUUGUUCGACAUACGGUGCUCGCGAGGAAACUCUGUGGAUUUCAGUUUCCUUUCUCUUUCUUCUCUGGAAGACGUGAGACAGAGAAAGAGGAAAGGGAGGGAAAGAGAGUGAGGGAGGAUUCAAGAGGAGCAGAGAGAGGGAUUCACGGAGAUCCGCAUCCACCUGAGGAUUGCGAGACUAUAGAGAGAGAAAGAGGAAAGUGUUCGGUACAGACAUGUGGCUGUCGCUUUUGAUAUGCUGCGCUCUUGCGUCUGCAUUUGGAGAGGAGAGAAUUGCCACAAAAUUAAGGCCAUACUCAGAUCUUCAAAAUGAAAAUGUUGAAGCUGUGACCUAUCGAUCUCGGUCGAAACCAAUUGAAGAAUAUGUAUCUUCUCGCAAAGUUCAUGUGCAGAAAUACGUUGAUGACGAUUAUGAUGAAGAUGAAGAAGAAGAAAUUAAAACUGAGAAAGUGCAGGGAAAAAAAUAUCCCGACAGAAUAGAGAACUUGGAAAAGAAGCAAAGUUCUUUUAAAGAGAAUGACAGGAUUAAUCCUAAAAAGCAAGCGCACCUCGAUAGCGAAAUCAUUCCCGGCGUCUAUGUCAGUAAUGAAUAUCCAACGACUAUGCUACCCAUUUUAACAACUCCUCGAGAAGCUCGUUCCUUCGAUUUUAUUCCUGUUAAUAUUAUUCGAGAAGACAGUAAAGAUGCAUACAUGCCUUACUCCGACCGACAAUUUGGGGAUCUCAGUGAUGUUAGUUUAGUUCCUGCAGGUUCAAGUUCUCGAAUUCAGGUGAAGAAGGGACCAAACGGAAAAGAUUAUGAAUACGAAUAUGUAUACUACUACUAUGACGAAGACGAUGAAAGCAAAGCAAGUUCAGUCUCGAAUUCACAUGAGGUACCAAACAAAACAACAGCUUCUCCGAAACGAGGAUCACCUAACAGUAAUAGAACUAAAUACAGCAGCGUUGAUAGAUCCACCACCGUUGAACCUGUCAGCAACGAAGUCAUUCCAAACAGAAACAGGGGAAGACAACUUGCUGAAGCUGAUGAAGUUUCUGAAGAACGCUUGCCGGCAAACACUAGAUUCCCACCAAGAUCUCGUUCCAAUCAUAACACUGGAACAACAGAAUCUAGUCGAGUACGUGGUAAUCGUCCAAGGCCCAGUUUAGAGCUAGUAGACUCAAGCAGUUUUCGUACACAUCAAGAGGGACCCGAAUUCCCUCAAAACUUACCAAAAGGGCCAGUUAGAUUUAUUGGAGUGACUCCUAAUGAAGAUAACGAAGAGAAACCCUCUUCCAAGCAUCGGGGAAGACCUCAUAGAGUACAAGAACCAGCUCCAGUCGAAGAAGAAGUUCAAGACACUCAACCUAUAUUUAGAAGACGACCUUCUUCGAACGCUGAACUAGAGACUGAGGUGGAACUCAACAAAGGUCAGCCAGUACGACAACCGUUAAAUGAUGAUGACGUGGCAGGAUCAGCCGGAUCUCCGCAUAAUUCAAGCGACAAGAAACUGCACUCAACUGAAAAGCAAGAAACAGAGUCAACAGAUUUUACCACGACAACUGAUAGCCCGACAACCGAAUAUCCAUCUGCUAUGGAUAAAGUAGCUCUAGAUCUCUAUGCAUUCCUUCAGCAAGGUCAGAACAAUAACCUUGUGGACGUCAGCGCUGAUGCAGAUUCUUCGGGUGAGAGUACAACUCAGGCGGAAGACAAUGAAACCACUGAAGCAAUCACUACUACUGAAACUGGCAGCACUACUGUCAUUACUACAGAAUCCACUACCACCACUACCGAACCAUCGACCACUAGCACCACAACUCCUGAACCAACCACAGCUGCAACAACUACUACUGGCAGAGGAAAAUUCAGACGUCCAGGAGCUCUAGGAGGUGCCGUUUCCAGAAAUAGAUUCAAAGUUAAUGGAGGCAGCACACCAACCACGGAAUCAUCCAAUGCUUCUAACGAACCAACACAAAAGGUCAGAGGAAGAUUCGGUGCUAAUACCAACGGGGGUUUUAAAAGACCUAAGCCUGUACAAAAGAAAACAGUCGCUGAAGAAAUUCAGAAAGAGAGCGCUUCUUCCGUGAAUGCCGAAAAGCCUAAUGGCAAUCGCAAUCGGUUCAGAGGAACUGGUACCCGAAAUGUAGCUACUAGUACUCCAGGGCCCUCUUCAGUAACACCCUCUGCAGGAAAUCCUUCGACCAAUUCGGCUGUAUCGAGACCAUCGUUUAACAAACUGAAUAUCAACCGCAGACGAGGAAGACCUUCAACAGCGGCUCCACCAGUCAAUGAAGAAACUUCAGAAGUUAGUGAAAGUGAUAUUCACGAAGUAACUACGACACAGAAAACAAGUCCGCGACCAAGGAUACCAGGUGUUGUUCCGAGACCAGUUCGACCAGGUUCUAGAGUAAACUUGAGACCCAGACCAGGACAAGCAACAAGUACUACAGUCGCUCCAGAAGUUUCCGAAGUUCCUGCUGAUGAGCCAGACAGUGAAGGGACCGAAGAAGAAACUCACGAAGCACCAGCAGAAUCGAGUCCACCUAAUCGUUUGACAACUGCCAAUCCUUUAAACAAACUUCGUAAUAGAAAUCGAUUACAAGUCCAACCAAAAGCGGCGACGCGCUCGCCUAUUCCAUUAACCCCUAGAAGAUCUCCUCUUUUGCCACGCCGUAAAACGACUGAGGCACCCAUAGAGGAACCUGUUCAUGAGCAAGAGAAUGAGGAAGAAGCUAUUGCUGAAACAGCACCAACAGAAGGUUCAGUUGCAGAAACCAGUACAGCCGCAAGUACUAAACAUGAAGAAGUUAGAGGACUAAGUGGACUUUUAGCGCCAAGACGUAGGAUAGCAUCGCGACGUCCAGGUCAAAUUAUUUCUCGAGAAUAGAUGUUUUUUUUAAUAAAGUAUUAUCCAUCAGUGAAGAAGAAAAUGUGUUUUGAACAAAUUUUCUUUCAACGUUUUACUGGAGCAAAUCAGGGGCUGGAUUGGUAAAAUGAUAUCAAUCGUUUCUUAGAAUGAAAGAAACUAUAUUACUCAUAUUAAUAGUUCAAUAAUAUUUUGCCAUUGGUAUAUAUUUAUGAUAUGAACUGCUCUUUUAAUUUUUGAUUCGUAAUUGCUCAUUUUCUCAAAUGUUUAUUUCUUUUCUUCAACUAUAUACAUGCCAGAUGUGCCACAAUAAUUGAGGAUAGGAUUAAUUAAUCCAUGACGUUAUAUACAUUAGCGUUAAAAUUGACAUGAGUUUAAGAAAGGAAAUAAAAGUAGAUGUAAAUAUACGGGAACAUAUCGAUCUCAUAAUCACGAAUUAUUAACACAUUUUGAAUGGCGGUAAAACUGUCACCAUUAUAUGUUACGGCAAAACAGGGAGUAAUAUCUUGGAACCAUAACUAUUGGAUCUAGUGAUCCGAGAUAUUACGAAUAAAAAUCUGUAUAUAUUAAUCCGUGCAAUCUAGACAUUAAUUUUCAGUCUUAGAUUUUUAAAUUUAUCUAGAUAUUACGAUUUAAUGUCUAGAUUUUAAUGGGUUUAAUAUCAUUAGAUAGAUUUUUUCACUAAAUUCCAGAAACUUUUGAAAUUAAUUUCCUGCUGUAACCAAAAUGUUAGAUUUUUUUAGCCAUAUAUAUGCUCCAGAAAUGUUCUAGGUAAAACGUCUCUUGUGGCACUUCUUAAAGUUUGAAAGUGCCAUUUACUAACCGAAAUGAAAUACUCAAAUCGACUGAAAAAACUUGGACCCCUUAUCGCUGAAAUCGAAAAAUUGAAUGAUGAAAAUAUCAGUCCUAAAAUUUCGUCAUGAAUUCUUGAAUCGUGUGAUCAUAUAAUCUAUAAUUCUAUAACAAUAGUGAUGAUAAUUAAUAUUAUGUAUUUAAUUCGACAUGACUUCUGCGUGUACAACUUAUUUAAUGAUCUUUUGCGUUUUAUGUUCUGAUGUUGUGUAUAUGUACUUUUAAAGUAUAUAUAGCAUAUAUUCUUAAUAGUUGAAGAAUAAUGUUUCUUCGAACGGUACGAAAAAGCUGGCAAUGACAUGUAUUGCUAUUUUAGCUUAUGCUCCAAAAAGAAUGUAAAUAUUAUUAUUAAAUCAAUAUAUCUAGAAAAAA